AUGAAAGGGGUUCUCGGCGAUUUGCAGAUUGUUGUAGAACAACACUCAGACAUUCUUCGUAAUAAUGCAUUGCCGUUCCGAGUUCUAAUCGCAAUAAGAACGUUGGGUCUCGUUAUUUCCCCAAUUGCAGCUGCUUACGAGUCCGUGGCAUUGCUGCCGUUUCAGUUGUUUACGAUUGAAGUUUGGCGCCUAAUUACAUGCCAUUUCGUUGGUCCCAAUAUACUUUUAUAUGCUUGGACAGUAUGGAGUUUACAUUUCGGAACGAACCUGAUAAGGCAAAAUAAUUGUAAUGAAAGCUUAUUGAAAAUCUACGCUAUCACACAGAUUCUUACGGUGCUAAUUGUGUGUGGAGCCGCUUAUGGACUCUACGCAGUUGCAGCGAAAACAUCACUUCUUUAUGAAACAUAUAUUGUGGAUAUGGUGCCUCUUAACUGCGCUGUACUCGUUUUAAUCAAACAGACGUACAAAAGCGAGUUCCUCGUAAUUAAACUUCAGAUUGUUCUCUUUCAGUUUCUUCCAGACACGAUACUUCUUGAAACCUCGUUUGGUCGGAUUAAGUAUACCCACCUGCCUAUCAUGGCUAUACUUCUCAUCUCGUUAUUGUAUUUGGUGGGAAUAGUAAGACCAGUCACCAUUCUGCAAGGUUUGCUUGCUGUUCAAAUUUCAUGGACGUAUUUGCGCUUUUUCAAUACACAGGACUCCGAAGGGACGUGUGGAGACAGCAGCGAGCAUUUUGUUUGGGCCAGUUUAUUUCCUCGUGCUACACAACCAUUCUUCACAGUUCUGGGUCGGAUUUGCUUCAGAAGCCUUGUAAAGUUAGGAGUGUGCAAGAGAACAGUAAGUAAAAGUGGUUUUUCAGAUAUCUCCGUCUCUUUGCAGGACUUUUAG